AUGACCAGAUCUUCCUCAGGUAUGGCGAGCCCACCAGUGUCACUGCGACACACGCUUGGGCGAGAAGUCGAAGCAGACUUCACCGCGAAAGCUAAGGCCAGUGGUCUCACCGAUGAGGAGGCAAGUAGGCUUUCAAUCAGAACAUGCUCUCGACGGAAUUUCGACAGGAGAUUUUUGGUGACGUCUUACGAAGCAGGGGAUGUUGUGCUGCAUAACCCUUUCGCGGCAAGUCCACUCACGCUCGUAACUGAGACAUGUCUGACCGUUACCCAGAUUCACGCUUCCACAAUGAACUCCGACCCAAACAACGUGAUCAGAGUUGGCACUAAUUGCGAUUCGUAA